CCCGUCUCACCUUAGCGGAGCAAGAAUGCGGUAGGCGGGGCUGCUUGGCUUGUGUCAAACUUUGGGAAUGACAGGAGGAGCGCUGCAGGAUUCGCAAAGAAGGGGAAGUGUCGCCCUUGUCGCUCCUGUCGUCAUUUUUUUGGAAUUCUUCUUAGCUACAGCCCGGUCUCUGGAUUCGGUGUCGUUUCACAGAUAAGAGUACGGCUCCAGCAAAUUUCCCAGCCAUGUCGGAGGACCUGAGCUCCCAACCCUGGUCCAUCAGCAAAGAUGACUAUGAGCUACAGGAGGUGAUAGGAAGUGGGGCCACAGCAGUGGUUCAAGCAGCCUACUGUAUACCACGCAAGGAGAAGGUGGCCAUCAAGCGCAUCAACCUAGAGAAGUGCCAGACCAGCAUGGACGAGCUCUUGAAAGAGAUCCAGGCCAUGAGCCAGUGCCACCACCCCAACAUCGUGUCCUACUACACCUCAUUCGUGGUUAAAGAUGAGCUGUGGCUGGUCAUGAAGCUGCUCAGUGGUGGUUCCGUGCUGGACGUGAUCAAGCACAUCAUCUCACGUGGCGAGCACAAGUCGGGCGUCCUGGACGAGGCCAGCAUAGCCACCAUGCUGAAGGAGGUGCUGCAGGGCCUGGAGUACCUACACAAGAACGGACAAAUCCACAGGGACCUGAAGGCUGGAAACAUUUUACUCGGGGAAGAAGGCUCGGUGCAGAUCGCAGACUUCGGCGUCAGUGCCUUUCUAGCUACAGGCGGGGACAUCACUCGAAAUAAAGUGCGGAAGACAUUUGUGGGGACGCCGUGCUGGAUGGCCCCGGAGGUCAUGGAGCAGGUGAGGGGUUAUGACUUCAAAGCCGACAUUUGGAGUUUCGGGAUCACAGCCAUAGAACUCGCAACGGGGGCUGCACCUUAUCACAAAUACCCUCCCAUGAAGGUCUUGAUGCUGACCCUGCAGAACGACCCCCCGAGUCUGGAGACAGGGAUCACAGACAAGGAGAUGGUGAAGAAAUAUGGCAAAUCCUUUAGAAAGAUGAUCUCCCUGUGUCUACAGAAGGACCCUGAGAAAAGGCCGACGUCUUCGGAGCUGCUGAAGCAUAAAUUCUUUCAGAAAGCAAAGAACAAUGAGCAUUUACAAGAGAGGUUACUUCAGAGAGCGCCCACAAUAACAGAGAGGUCGAAAAAGGUGCGUCGAGUGCCGGGCUCGAGCGGACGGCUGCAUAAGACAGAGGACGGUGAAUGGGAGUGGAGUGACGAUGAACUGGACAAGGAGAGUGAGGAGGGCAAAGCAGCCGUCGCCGCGUUGAGGUCACCAAGAGUGAAGGAGGGAUCGCAGAAUUCAGAGGUUUUCCAGACGACUGAGCCUUUAAGUACCCACCUCCAGCCCAUAGCCGUAGGUCAAGCAGAACUACCUCAGGCUGCAGGCCAGGUCCCUGUGCAGCCAACGCUAGCCAACGCUCAACCCACUGCCCCCGUUGGAGCUCCCUCGUCCGGCACUGCUGCUGCUCCUCUUGCCCCCACCCAGCCCCCAGCUGCUGCAGGUGAUUCUGUCAAAGCCCCCAUCAGUUUGGUGUUGAGGUUAAGAAAUUUAAAGAAGGAGCUUAAUGACAUCCGCUUCGAAUUCAUGCCUGGUAGAGACACGGCAGAGGGCGUCUCACAAGAGCUAGUGUCUGCUGGCCUGGUAGAUGGAAGGGACUUAGUUAUAGUUGCUGCUAAUUUGCGGAAAAUAGUUGAUGAGCCUCAGACCAAUAAAAAUGUCACUUUCAAACUGGCCUCGGGAGUGGAAGAGUCUGAGAUACCAGAUGAUGUCAAACUGAUGGGCUUCGCUCAGCUCAGCAUUAGUUAAGCUGCUGUUCUAGCUGGGACCGUGACUCGCCUAAAAAAUGUGAAAAUAAUGACAACAAAAAAUUAGGAUUAAAAAUGCAUUUUCUCUUCUUUUCUUUUCUUUCUAUGGCUGUAAAAAAAAAAACCACUACUGCCAAAGAAAACCGUACCAGUUUUGUCAUCCAUAGGAUUACAACGACAGCGCCUCACGGAAACAGGCGGUCAGCUGAAAUAUCAACAUACAUUGUAAGAAUCACACCGAGGAAAAAAAAAAGCAAAACGAAAAAGUUUACAGUGUAUAUGUAGAAGGAUGCAAGUAUCUACAAGAAACCUUUUUUUUCUUUCAACUUGUUGAUUUCUCAUUCUGUUCUUUUUUUUUCUUUAAUAUGUGAUGGAUUUGCACAAUCUGAACUAACGCCCUUGAAACCUGGUAAGAGUAACCAUGCCUUAUCUGAACCUUAUCAGAACCUUAUCAGAACUACUGAAUGCACGCUUCAGGGGGAGAGGGAGGCCCCCAACUUAAGAUGUGGAGCAUAUGUUGUCUGACAUGUAUGAACGUGGUUUCAAUUACUAAUGUUGAACUUUUUCGUUGACGGGGGACGACUUCCCAAAAUAAACCGGUCAGAAUGUUUAAAACUAUUUCCCACACAUACUUUAAGCCUCCUUUAUAGGAACAUCGACUCAAAAAGAUGGUAAAUUGUUUUUCUUAAAGAUAACCCAAACACUCCCAGCUAAAAUAUCCUUAAAUGUUAAAAACCUGCAGUAAUUAUAGGCAUGGAUGUCGCUUGUUGUUUUUGUUAAGAACCUUUAGCGUCUUUGAAACAACACGAGCGACUGGUAAACACAGAUGUACACAGUUUUAACUAUUCAAAGUUGUAUCUGCCUUUGGGGGAUAAGUUCAGCUGGAAUUUAUACUGAUUUUUCAGGUAAACAUUCAACCGAUUGGUCCAAAUCCAAAGCCUAAACCUUAAGGGAGGUAAACUAUCCUGUUCCCUUUUUUAUUUAUUUAUUUUUUUUUAUUUUAGCCGUCAAGCUAAAUGCUAGCUAAUGUGUCUGACUGGGAUGCCCUCGUAUGCUGAUGACACCCCGCUCGUUGAUGUAACACCAGUCUCUGAAGGAAUUGACUUAUCUUUGCCUCUGUUCAAAACAUUUCCCCCUUUUUCAUUUUUUUUUAUUACCCUUUUGUGAUGAAAUACAUCAAGUCUGGAUUUGUUUCUCAUUGUACUCGUGUACCAAACAGUUUGCGAAUCAAAAAGUUUUUCAGCAGCAUAACUGAAGCCACAGGUGUUGUGCGAGCAAAAACCCGUGUGUUUGUCUGUUGGUAUAUUAGGUGGUGUCGUGUUUGGAAUUAGUGUCUCAAAUACGUAAAGACUUAAGUGCAUAUUUGCUUCUAUGGAUGAACAAAUACUUGAUUUAACUCGUAGUAUGUAAAUAAUGACCUUUAGCUUUGACUUGUUUUUAUACCAGUUGUUUCAUUCUUGGCCUUCUUUUGUCCAAUGACACAAUUGUGAAUUGUAGCGCUGUGUGAAGGACAGCAUUGCAACUUUGGCUUUUGACUUCCCUCUUUUUUUUUCUCUUUUUUUCCAGGGCGUACUGUUGUGUAUUGUGUAUGUGAGUUAUUUAAAUGCAGCUCAUGACACGUUUAGUUUUGCUAGUUUUGGUCUUUUGCGAAGUCUGGAGAUCUUCUCAGAGCUGGAGCUACAGCUGUCCACCAGGGACACACCGCUGAGGGCCUGUGCAGGUUUAGAUGUUUCUUGAGUUUUCAAGCAGGGUCAGUAGUUAAAAAGAUGCAGCCUUUUGUCUCGUGCUCGAUACAAUAACCGUAAGGGGUCUUAGAGGACUUAUUUGAAACCACCACGUCUCAAGUUAUAUGUCCUCUGUCAACCCUUCUGUUGUCUCCUCUGCAUCUGAAAGCAAGUUCUCUGAGCUUGAGUUUUGACACAGUUUGGCUAUAAAGACUGUCAUUUUGAAUGACGAGCAGUGUAUUUUGUCAGGAUGGACGAGCAUGUAUCCACACAAACGUUACGUUAGGGCUCCCUGUCCGCUAUCCUCCAAGCCACACUCUCGCUUUUUUUUUUUUGCAAAUGUGCAUUAAUAAUAUAUUUUAAUGGUGAAUGUGCAUCUUUUAGCUUGGACUGACCUCAGUGGAAGGUUCGUUUAAUGCUCUGUUACAAUAGUAAGACUUCAUAUGACAGUAGAUUUUACUGUUAAAUUGGGUAUUGUGAUGUGAAAAAAAAUGUAAAACCCUUCUAGAUGCCUAUUCAAAGAAACUCCUUGUGCCGCUUGCAGACGAGACAAAAGGAGGAGGAAAUCUUUGUAUGUACAGACUUCAACGGUGUUCAAUCUUUACGCUAGCCUUAAAGUGAGGGAAAAAAGUCCUUUGCUCAGCAAAAUGUUGAAGUUCUGGUUAUGAUUCACUGUGUUUCAAAGGUAGCUGUUUGCUACAUAGCAGGGGUAUCUGAAAUAAGUACACCAGGGGCGGCGCUCAGCUUGGAGGGGGAUGGUGACAGUCAUCCACCCUUCGUUCUAAACCUGCAGGAUUUGGUGCCAUUCUCUUGCUGUUGUCUGCCCCAGCAGACAGACUGGACAGGCACGCGACUAUGGUGAACUCCCAAGAUCUGAGGUGUGUGUGUGCGUGUCCAUGUGUAUGUGUGUGUGUGUGUGUGUAAUGUGAACGUUGUGGGAUUUGAGCCCUGGUAUAAAGAGUUCAUGGCUGAAUUCUCCUCCCCUCCACCAACCCUCCUGUGUGAUGCUUUAGUGUAUCAUAUUUUAAUAAUGCUGUAGCAACUGAACAGGUGACCCUCAAAAACAGAAUUUUCGUCUUGGCAAUAACUGAGCUGUAAUAUAUUUGAAUUUUCCACGUUUUCAGUUUUCCAUUCUUUCAUUUGCUCUUUUUUUUUGAUGGUUUUGGAGUUCAAAGCAUGUUUCUCUUGAUUAUUUUUAAUCAAUAAAGAAUGAACAUAUCA